CGGUUUCUCUUCAUAACUGACCGUGUAACCGUUUUGUUUUGUUUCUUACAUCCAAACAUGUCUGAUUUCUCUAAACCAAGGGUGAACGGGAAAAUGUUAUCAAGUUUUCAGGGACGAUGUGUUUGUGUUCUUGGAAACGCUAAAGAUGUUGACAGCAAUGGGACAGCUUUCACCCUGUCAACAAGUGAUGGUCAAGAUAUCAGAAUAAUUAUGCAGGAGCCACUUGGAGAGUAUGUUUCAGGAUUAACUGAAGUCCACGGGAAUGUGGAUGCACAGAACAAUAUUCAUUGUCAAAACUACAUAGCUUUCCCAAAGGAAAUAAGUGAUACAUUUGACAUGGGACUUUAUAAUGAUGCAGUGGAGUUAACAUCACGGUUCAGUGAAUUUUAUAAAGUUGGUGUGACAGAUCAAUAGAACUACAUUCAAAUCUUUAAAAGUACAGUUCUUCAAGAAAAAGAAAGGAAAAAACUUGCUGUGCAAGUU